AUGAAUAUUUCCUUAAAAUCUUUAGCCCUAGCAAAUGUUUUAGGGAAUACAUUAAUCAUCCAUAACAAAGGAAGACUAAGUAUUAGCGAUUUUUAUAUUCAAAGAAGUGCUGCUUCUUUUAUUCGUACAAAUUCUUAUCUAAAUGUCGCAAAAUCGACGUUCAAACAAUUUUCGGAAACUGCUGUCAUCAUGGAUAAAGAUAUGUACCAAAACAGAGAUUUUGCAAACUUCAUAGAAGAUGUUAAUUCAACGUUUGUCAAGUGUAAUUUCGUUGCAUGCAGUCACAGAUGCAUAAUUUCAAAAAAAUCAUACGAUAAAUGCAAGAUAUUAUUCUGUGUUUUCAAAGAUUGCAUUGAUGAGAGAGAAGGUGAUGCAAUGGAACGAGGUGGCGGUGUUGUCUAUGCUACCAACUCUUUCUUUAUGGCAGCAAAAUGCGAAUUUACUAAUUGUAGUUCAUCAGGCAAUGGUCAAGUCCUAUUAAUUAAAAGCAAAGAAAUCGAUAUCACAAAUUGUGACUUUAUUAGUUGUCAUUAUGAGUUUAGAAAUGCUGACAGCGUUGCAUAUACCAUUUCUGAAACAUCCAUUAUCGAAAAUGUUAACUGUACGAAUAGUGUCAGCAAAGGGAAUGCGGGAUUUUCAAUCGAAUACAGCCAUCAUGAGUCCAUGUUCAAGUACUAUACAGCAUACAGCUUGAAUGGUCAAUCAUCAUUAACAAAUAGAGUUUUCGACGCGAUUCAAUACGGAAAUAUUAUUAAUUGCACAGCGACACAUGGAUUAAUCCGUAGCGAUAAAAAGAAUACAUAUAUUUCGCAUUACUACUUCAUGAAUAAUCACAGAAGCCCAUUAGUUAGCAGAUACGUUACAUUUCUUACUGCAAUGAACGAUUGCAUCUUCCAAGAUGUUGAUGAGAAACCAGUUGAAAAACAUCUCGCUAUUGUUGGUCCAUUCUACGUCAGGAAUUUGACAAUAACUCCAUUUUCAGAUCCAAAUCCUCCAGUUAGGAAACUUCGAACAGCAGAGGUUCGCGGGAAAAUCAGACAAGGACAUCCAACAGCCGCAAUCAUUUGCACUGUGAUUUCUAUCUUUGGAUUGUAUUUCGCUGCAAUGAAAUACGGAUUAAUUGAUUACAUUUAUAACUCCAUCUCUUUUAACGGUGAACAAGAAAUAGACUAUAUUAGGAAACGAAUGGAAGAAAGAAAGACAAAAUACAAUUAA